AAAUGACACAUACUGCAAACCUCUUGUAAACGUAUUGUUUAAUGGAACGUUAUUCAAAAGUAUGCUGAAUCUUACAAUUCAAAUAAGCUACAUAUAUGAACCUUGCGAGUUGGCUGUAAACGUGACGUGGCAAUACUUUUUACCUAUGUUUUUAAAAUUUAAGAGCGAUUAUUUAACAGAAGGUUAUGAAAAGCUAGAUUUGGGCAAUCAUAAAUAUAUGAUUCUACAUGAAUUAAACAGUACUGGAGCAAAUCAUACCAUUGUUACUACACUUGCUAAUACAAGCUGCUCAUUUGAAAUAUACAUUAUUGAAAUUCCAAUUAAAUUAUAUUUUCAAAAUUCAAAUGGAAGAUCCUGGUCAUUAUAUCAAACAGUUAAAAAAAAUAUAUCGGAAAACUGCAAAGGAUUUAUUUCAACUAAAAAACGUAUACAAAGUAGUUAUCAAACAGAGAUUUAUGAGCGUGGUAUAUAUUGGGACGAUAAAAGUUAUCAAAUAUAUCUUUGUAUAAAUCAAAAUGUUCCAAGAACAAAUGCAGCCUGCUAUGUUUCAAAAGAUAACGGCGAGUUUUGGGCAGACAUGGACGUACGUAUAGGUUGCAUUUUGGGUCACCACAUUGUAACACGCGAACUAUAUGCUAUACAUAAAAAUCAGAUAACCUAUUUGAUGUUUCACAGCAUAGUUAAAAAAUGGCUUGCUGUAACUGAUGACGAGUUUAAAACAAAGAUCUCAAGAAACAUAAAUUGGAGUUUAUUGAAAACAUUUGAAGAUGAUUAUGAUCAAGUCGUUUCGUUUGGAACGAACCAAUGGAUGGCAAACAGAGAUGGUUUAUAUUUCAGAAACUCUUCAGAUAAUAAAUGGAUUCAAAGGGCUAAAUGGAAUGUUUGAACGCAAAACUCAAACCAAAAAACAAUAUUUGUGCCAACAUCUAAGCAACGACAGAUUUGUUGGUUUGGUUAACGUUCUUUUUACGUUGUGUUGCGCUGCUCGUUAAGGAUUAUCUUAUAUAUUUGGUUAAUAUCUCUGACUUAUUUUUUAGUGUUACAAGUUUUUUUUUUAUUUUUAAAAUGUUUUCAGUCCUUAAACCUGUUUUUUUAGAUUGAACAUAUAAAUUUAGUAUUAUGGUUUAUAAAGUAACAUUAUUUGUGUAACACUUUUUUUCCAAUAAGAAGUAUAAAAAAG